UUUGAAUCGUCUAAUGAUCGUCGGCCAUUUUUAUAAUUUUGUUUGUCCUUGAUGAUACUAUUCUUGUAUUCUUGGUAAAAAUUAUCUCGGGAAUUUUGACAGUAACUCUCACGUCUAUUCAGCAUGAGCGCCGAGCAACGAAUUGACGAUCAGUUGGUGGAGUUGACCACAGUCAGGCUCCAGAAUCUGAUGAGGAAGCAAAGGCUGGAGGUUCUGGCUCUUCAGUUCAUUGCCUCUAAUUUCCAACUCAAUGAAGAUUUAAACCUACCCUCUGAAAUUCGCGAGAAACUGUUGCAAAGGAUUUUGCAGUGGAAGUGUUUUGCUCCAAAAGGAAAUUUGGAGCAGUUUGGCAAGAUGAUGCAGGCGCUGCCACACCUGGUCGGCGAGAGGACCGUCUCGGUCGACUUUACAAACAUGUUCACCUUUUGCCCUAUUGAUGAAAUCAAGAGCUCGUUUAUUCAGGUCUGCGAGUUGUUGGCUCAAUUCGCGCCAAAAAUCGAAGAGCUGUCGAUGAAGAGUUCCCCGAAGCUCUUCAUUCAGAAUCUGCUGCGGCCGCUGACAAAAAUGCAGAAGCUGAAGAUUCUGCGGCUCGGAUGUUGUCACUUCGACCCUGAUGGAUUAAUAAAGCUUUCCAGAGCUUUGCCAAGCCUUUGGGUGUUGGGCGUCAAAUCCCUAGUUAUCAACAGGGAAAUUUCUGGCUGUGGAAACAACCUGCUUUCAAGUGCCCUGCAGCACCUGAGAGUGCUUGAAGACGACAAUUGGCGUAUCCGUCUCCUGUCGUUUUAUGCUAGGGUUGCCCCUCAGCUGGACUACACUGACGCCUCGCAGCGGGACGAGGACACAACUGCUUGUCUGCAAGAGGACGAAGACAAGACUCCAAAUCAGCAAAGGAAAUUCUUAUAUUUGCACUGUGAUGAAGAGUACUUUGAUGGCAAGGAGCAACUCCACGUCAAGUACCCGUUCAUCACUCGCUUGCAUGUGGGCGACGUGUUCAUCAAUCUGUAUGGAGUGGGAGCUGUUGAUAAGUUUUCACAUUUGAAGACUUUGGUUCUGCACAGCUGUGAUUUGGCCCACGUGGAAUAUUUGAUGAGCGUUUACGGACAGAACCUGCGCACGCUGCACAUGGUGUACGACGAGGAGAGUCCAUUGGAAGGACUGACGUUCGGACGCAUUUUGGAAUGCUGCCCGCGCCUGGAAGAACUAAAAUUGAGCAACGUCAUCAUUCCAAAUUCGGUCUCAGGUGCCUUCCCAGAACUGCGUAGUUUCAUCUGGGAAAAUAGUUCGGAGGUCGAUUACGUCAUGCCGCUGUUGAGCAUCUUGUCCUCGCCGAAACUUGAGGAAAUCAAACUGGAAGGACUGUACAGAGAGGAGGACUUGAGGGGCGCUGCCACCCUGAUUGAGCAGAAGAUGAUCCUAAGGCAUUUGCAGUCCUUGCAUUUGAACCUGGUUCACACCGUGGACCCAGAUUUCAAUUUUGCCCACUUCGGGGCCGCCUCACGCCUGGCUAAAACUGCCUCUGCGUUCCUUCCUUUUCUGGUUGACGUCCAUCUUUCCAUGAUGAAUGAUUGCAUCCUUCUCCGUUAUGACGAAGUGGUUGACCAGGUUGUGAGCGAGAACUUUCAGGACGAGGCUAUGGACAUGAUGACCAAGGAGUUUGAGAAAUUUGCAGGUGUUGCAUUCAAACCAUGAAUCUGGUUUAUUUAAAUAUUUAGUCUGUCAAUUUUGUGCUUUCGAAUGGAAUUUGACGAAAGUAACAUAGAUAGAUUUUAUUCAUAAAAAAUAAAA